AUCUGAAAUAAAAUGAGGAUUCACCACCUGACUGCAGAACUGGGAGCAGAUGGGAAUCAGUGAUCUGCUCCCCUCCUCCACUGGGAAUGCCACGGAAAAACUGGCUCUGGAGCAUGACUUGAACAUACUGACAAGAAAAGGUGAUUUUCUAAUGGACCAAUGAAAGCCAACGAUGACAAGUUGUGGUCGACAGUCCCUGAAUGUGCUGAUGGUUCUGCUCUCAUUACUCUUGUCAGCAGUGUUGUCUGCACAUUUUCGGGUCUGUGAGCCCUACACGGACUACAAAGGUCGCUACCACUUUGGGUUUCACUGCCCCCGUCUCUCUGACAAUAAAUCCUACAUCUUCUGCUGUCACCAUAACAACACAGUGUUUAAAUACUGCUGCAAUGAGACAGAAUUCCAAACUGUCAUGCAGAUGAACUUAACGGGGAGUGCAGAUGGAUACAUGCAUAACAACUACAGCGCCCUGCUGGGAGUGUGGAUCUAUGGCUUUUUUGUGGUGAUCUUGCUCAUCCUGGACCUUUUAUAUUACUCCUCCCUGAACUAUGACAUUUGCAAGCUGUACCUGGCGCGGUGGGGGAUCCAGGGCAAGUGGAUGAGCCAGGGACAGAGCCGCUGGAUCAACCCCGCUCAGGACCCGAGCCAGGCUCAGGCACAGCCUCAGCCAGAGACUCAGCCCCAGCCAUCACAGACAGUUCACACUCUAAAAGGAGAUGCUUUAAGCCCACCCCUGAUGUCUUUUCAGAGUUCAUCUGCCUGAAAAUCAUAUUGAUGUGCCUCAAGAUGGGAGAGGUAGGACCAGACUUCAAGGAGCAGCUUUCAAGAAAAAUCAACUGAAUUACAAGAGGAGGGAAAAAUUAGGGAUAAGCAGGAGAGAGAAAGACUACAAGAGGAAGAUGGAGCAAGUCACCUGAAGACAAACAUCAUUCAGACAAUUUCUGUAAGGAAAUGAUAUGGAAAGAGUCUCCAGGAGAAAGUAGUCUGUAAGCAAUAUUUUAGUUCUAGGCCAACAAUAUUAUCUCUGAAAGAAAGCACCAUAUUUGAAAAUGCUGAAUAGGAAGAAAAUUAAGUUGCUCUGGCAAAUCCACACAAAGGUGGAAAAAGAUCACAAGACAAACCUGUGGUAGAUAACUUUUCUUUGCCUCCCCAUCCAUCUAUUGCCAUUUGAGCCUAAUCUAAGUGUCAGAAUACUGAAUGUGAGUUUUUCCAAAGUUCUCUGGUGAGCAUUUUGUCACAAUGGGGUAGAUGCUGGCAGUCCUCAUCACUGUUAACCAUAUUUACCAUAUGCAUUGCAAGGUAAGCAAAGUCCUUUCAGUGAGUCCAACUGCAGGGUAGCAGUUGCUUCAACCUUAAUGCACAUUUUAAGAUCAUUGGCAAUGAUUCUGCUAAGACAUCAAGCAGCUGAGCACAUCUCAAGUUCAGGUUCACACACCCUCUUCAAGAGGGGAGCUUUAUUAGGAAGCAAAACAGGCACCCAAUUCCACCCCCACACUCCUUGAAGAUGAAAAAGAAACAAACAAACAAAAAAAUUGGCCAACUGUGUAUUUCAAAAGCAAUAAUACCAUUUUCUCUCUGCUUUACAAGGCAAUAGUCCAACUCCCUCAGUCACUGACUGGCUUCAGAGUUUACACCUCACAAAUCUAAGAAUUCAUUUGUGAGCCAGAAGGACAGUGAUGCUACCACAGAAGUACUUGGUCACCAGGUUGCAAUAGGGUGACUUAACUUUCCACAGGACAGACUUAUUUUAAAAUCCUCCAGUAUCAAUUACAUGGGCAAGCCCUGUGAAGUUCAAUUAUUUAAGCUGUAUAUGUGGAGAACCUGGCAGUGGCAACCAAACAGAGGAGUUCAUCUGGAAGUCAUAACAUAAAGCCCUGAUAAUGCCAAAUUAAUCCUUCAGGCCUAAUAUUUUGCCUUGUAAAUCUGAAUAACUUUAAAAUGACCCUACAUUCUGCUGUACAGCCAACACAAGGAACAUGUGGUCAGUGCAUAAUCAAGUUUUACUUCUGGACCUCUUUGGCUAAGUGAAUUUUAUUCCCCUGUUGAACUUAAAAAGGGACACUGUUCUGAGUGAUCUGAACUAAUUCAUGGCUACUGGAGUGCAGGAUGGUGCAUGACUAAAACCAGAUAGGAAUAAAUUGUGUUGGAGGACCCAACAAGGCUGGAGAUCACCAGAGUGCCUAGCCUUCAAAAUCUGAGCAGGAUGCAAACCCUUCCAAAAAGAAUAUGUCAUCAGAGCAUUGCAGAACCAUCCAAAGCACUUCAGCUGGGAGCAAAAAGGACCCUCAGCAAAGACACGCUGUAAGUACCUUGCAGAUCCUGGCAGACAGUCCAAACUGCUUGCUCCUUGAGGAUGAGGGAUUCUGCAGGGAAAGGGUCUGUGCUCCUGGGGGUGGGAGAGCUGAUCCUGUGAGGUGGAAGGUGGUGCUCUUAGUGCCAACCCACAAGGAAAGGAAAGGAAACCACAGAGCUGGAGGCAAUGCUGUCCAUGGCUCUGCCAACAUCAUACCUUCUCCACGCUCCCUCAUUGUCUUCAAGGACCAUAAUCCCUGCAGACACUCAAAAAAGUGCAUAUCUACACCCAAAAAAGUGCAUAUGUAGGGUAAUCAGUCUCGCCUAGGCACCGUGCAGUAACUCUUGGCUUUUUUCCCCCUUUUGCCAGCACCUACUUCCAUUGUGAGGUGAAGACUGCCACUCAGAGAGCUUUGUAAAAAGCUUAUGUUCAUGGAGGAAUUUGUAUUAGAUACUGGUUUGUGUGACUUACUGUAUUUUGUAAGGGUUUUUUUCCCUCUGGGAAUUGUGCGUUAUAACUGAGCAGUUUUAUGCUUUCCUUCUAGUACACGUAUACCUUGUAAUGGAUGUGCUUUUUUGUUUGUUUGUUUUCUUUUAUGCUCUAUACAGAGCCAGUUAAUAGAAGGUAGAUACUCUCUGGCUGAAAUUCUCAUUUUGCCUCCCAGUUAAUUUAUGGAUAAAUCCCUGUUGUAGCUGGUGAACUGCGGUUCACCAAGUGUGUUGUUAGAAUCACCUGAUAGUCUCUCUAUUUUAGCAGAAUAUAAGAUCCUGAGUAAGACUAAUGCUAGCUGGGCCUUAAACUCCAGGGACAUAUUGCACUUCAUGUGUUUCCCUACCUGCCCUUCUCCCUCAGUGUUUGGGACACUGUACAAGAGCACUGGCUACACAAACAGUCCCCUCAGCAUCUCAGCCAUCUCUGUAGCUGGGCUCUGAUACCCCCCUGCUUUUACUUCAUCAAAAUCAUGGUGAAACAGAAAAACUGCAAUGAAUCUUUCACUUUUUCCUGCAGAGACUGGUUCAAACACAACCUUUCUCUAUAAGAAAGAAUCUGGACUAAAACAGAUCCAUUUUCCUCCGUGUCCGUCCUGAUCUGGUUGGAAAAAUAAAGGGUCUAAAAUUAACAUUUACAGCCUAUGUUACAACGGCAGCUGUCUGUCUCAGUGGCUAUUAAUGACCUUCAUGCUCCAGAAACCUCCUUCCUUGUCCAACUCAUUUUCUCUCUCCAGUUUUACUGAGAACUCAGUGUCCAACUUCUUAAUAACUGCUGUGUAUAACGUAGGACAUAAAAAGAUAAGUUAUAAAGCUUGUGCAGGACUCGGUGUUGUAAUUAACCAUCUUUUGUGCCUGGUUAUCAAUUUUACAAAAACAGAGUGAAAAUAAUCCGGCCUCUCAAUGUCUACUUCAGCAUAUUGUAGCAGCUCUUUUAGAUAACUGGUUUUUAUAGUUUUACUGUAAUUUCUGUAUGAGGACUGUCCACUUGAAGAAGCAACAGGUCAAAAUGAUUUUUUAGAGUCAGUUCCAUUUCACCACCAGUGAUGGUGUAUGAAAGGUAUAAAGCAGCAAAAGCAAAACCUCAGCCACUCACCAGGAAGAAACAUCUUUUCUCAGCCUCAAACAAUUCUCUUCUGCAAGACAGGCAUUUCUUCUAGUCCUCCUUUUACAAAAGUAGUAAAUCACUAAGAAUAUAUACAGUACAAUAGUCUAUUUUAAUAGUCAGCAGACAAAUUUUAGGCUAAUUAAGCUAACUAGAAAUUCUAGGGUUGCAGUGAUUUCUCUUUAUUAAUACAUUGACAAUAAUACUGUUUACAUAACACUCGAUGUUUGAAAUCAAUACGUGCCAGUGUCCAGUGAUUUGCUAAUCUAGUUUUGGAUCUAAUCCUGUCCUAUUUUUUGCAGCAUUCUCUGACUUCAUAUUAUGAAUCAUGUUGUCUUUCUAAAGUGAUUGCCAAGUAAACCAAAAAUGUGUUUUACACUGCUAUUGCACUGCUCUUGUCUUUAUAUACAGUAGUUUUUAUAAAGAUGUCCUUAGGUUUUAAUAAAUGAGUGUAAUGUAAACUAA